AUGAAAAAAAUCGAUCUUCUAUUAGCUACACGUUAUAAUAACAUUGGAUACAUAUAUCAUAAACUUGGCAAUGCCGAACGAGCAUUAAACUAUAUUCAAAAAGCAUUAGAUUACACAAAAUCUCUUCCAUCAAAUAUUCCGAUAAUAUCAAGAAUUUUUUGUAAUCUAGCAAUGAUUUAUGAACAAUGUGCAGAUUAUUUCAAAUCAGAAGAAUAUUGGAAAAAAGGUCUUGAAUAUCAUCUUAAAUCAAUGCCAAAUAAUACAGAUACAACUGCUUAUCUCUUUCAAGCUGUUGCACUUAAUUUAACGGAUCAUAAAAAAUAUGACAAAUCAAUUGAAUAUCUUAAAAGAUCAUUGACAAUAUGUAAAAAUCAAGGACAACACGCAUUAUGUUGUUGUUAUAAAAAUUUAGCUAUUGCCUAUCAUAGUCUACAAAAUUUUCCGCAAACUACAGAAUAUUUACAAAAAGCAAUCGAUAUUACACAAAAUCUAUCAAACGUUGAUCUAAGUACUAUGUAUAUCGAUAGUGGUAAUAACUACUAUCAAGCUAAAAAUUAUGAACAAGCACUAGUUUCAUAUGGUAAAGCAUUGAAAUGUUCACAAUCGUCAUCCAUACUUUCGAUACAUGUGAAGAUUUUUAUAAUUUAUACAAUACAAAAUGAAUCGAAUCGUGCAUUGAAAUAUUAUGAACUUAAUAUACAAUCACAUAUGAUAAAAAUAAAUUUAAAUGAUCAUAUUGUAAUUUAUUAUUAUAUUGGAAUGAACUAUUAUGAUCUAAAAGAUAAUGAUCAAGCAUUAAAAUAUCUUAAAAUGACACAAGAAUUAAUUUUAUCGAAUGAAUCAAAUCUAUCAUUGAAUUCAUUUUUAAUAGAUAUAUUGAAAAAAAUUGCAUCUAUUUUUGUUAAACGGAAUCAAUGGUCUGAAGCAGCUGCUUUUUAUACGAAAUUAUUAGAAUAUCAACCAACAGCAGAAACUUACAUGAACAUUGGUUUAAUGGAUAUUAAGCGAGAAAAUAUUCAAAAUGCGCUAGAAAAUCUUAAGAAAGCAUUUGAAUUAGCAAAAGCUGCUAAUGAUUUAUCAACACUGACUAUUGUGACACGAUACAUUGAUUCAUUUAAAUAA